AUGGAAGAAGAAGGACGGAAAAAAAUAACAGUAAUUGGCUCUGGCAAUUGGGGCUCAGCAAUUUCAUUAAUUAUUGGAAACAAUACAAAUAAUUACAAAGAUAUAUUUGAAUCACAAGUCCGUAUGUGGGUUCAUGAAGAACUAAUAGAUGGUAGAAAACUGACGGAAAUUAUUAAUACUAAGCAUGAAAAUAUCAAAUAUUUACCAGGAAAAAAAUUACCUGAUAAUGUGAUAGCAAUUGCUGACUUGUUAGCUGCAUGUCAUGAUGCUGAUAUACUUGUUUUUGUUAUACCUCAUCAAUUUGUAGAAAAUGUAUGCAAACAGUUGAAAGGUCAGCUAAAAAAAAAUGUUUUAGCAGUUUCACUUAUUAAAGGAUUUUUGAUCGAACGAACUGAUGGUACAGUUAAGUUAAUAACAGAAAAAAUUCAAGAAAUACUUGGAAUCAGUACAGCUGUUCUAAUGGGUGCUAAUUUAGCUUCAGAAGUAGCAAAUAAUCAGUUUUGUGAAGCUACUCUUGGCUGUAAGCAGUUCAAGAAUCAAUGGCCAAUGUUGAAAAAAUUAUUCGAAAGCGAUACAUUUCGAAUUAAUUUAACAGAAGAUGCAAAUACCGUUGAACUUUGUGGUGUAUUAAAAAAUGUUGUAGCAUGUGCUGCAGGUUUUGCUGAUGGUUUAGGUUACGGUUAUAAUACAAAAGCAGCAAUCAUACGAUUAGGAUUUAUAGAAAUUAUUUUAUUUGUUGAACUCUUUUAUCGUGGAUCAGAUAUCCGUACAUUUUUUGAGAGUUGUGGAAUUGCUGAUCUAAUCGCAACAUGUAAUGGUGGUCGCAAUCGAAAAAUAUGCGAAGCUUUUAUCAAAACUAAUAAAACAGUUCGAGAAUUGGAAAUAGAAUUACUUAAUGGUCAGCGAGUUGAAGGACCACCAACUGCUGAAGCCAUCUGUGUUAUACUUAAAAAGCGUAAUAUGUUAAUGAGAUUUCCGCUAUUUGCAGCAGUAGAUGAAAUUUUUAGACAAAAACUUCCACCUCAACUUUUGGCAACUCGACUUCGAGAAUGUAAAGGAUUUUUACCAAAUUACUGGAUCAAUACUAAUAUUCAAUGA